UAUAGAAGCGUCAGUGUAAAAAACAAAUAAAGAUGGCGGGAAUGUGGAAUACUAUGCCAACGGAAGAUAAAACUUGGGUCGGAGUGAAAUCUCUAUUAAAUGAUUUACAGAAACUUUCGACCGACUAUGACACAGGCGAUGUGGUGUUUGUUGUGGGUGACGAGGAGUGUCGUAUUCUUGCGCAUAGAGUGAUUUUAGUGGCGAGGUGUGAACAGUUUCGAAGACGAAAGAAAGAACUCUGGUCUAAAAUGUAUACCCCUGGGACACCAUUUGUUGUCCGAAAACCCGGAUUCCGCCAUGAUGUAUUCAGAGAAGUUAUUAGGUAUCUUUAUACUGGAAAGAUUGAAUUCCAAAAUAGUACAGCCUUCGAAACAUUACGUAUUGCUGAAGAUCUUGAGAUAAGUGAUCUUCAGCAUGCUUGUGAACAGCACUUUAUGGACAGCCUGGAUGCAGAAAAUGCUGCUGAGUUUCUUGCUGAUGCAAUGGCAUUAUCAGGAGGCACAGAUCCCAAUUCUGCAGACCAGAAGGCUCUAGGGGCUAGAGCCCUGGUGGAUAAGUGUAUUGCUUUUAUGGAGGAGAAUGCAGAACAGGUUGUCAAGUCCAGGGGAUUUAGCAAUUUACCCAAGCAAGCUGUGAUUCGCUUGAUCUCAAGUGAGCAGUUUGCUGUGUCUGAAAAUGAAGUUUGGAGAGCUGUCUUUAACUGGGCCAAGAAAAGUGCAGGAAUAAACAAGCCAGUCUCUUCCUGGACAAAUGAAGACAGAAAAAUUAUAUCUCAGGAGCUAUCUGGUGUCAUUGAGCAUGUCAAGCUCUUGUUGAUUGAUAGCUCAGUUUUUGCAGAAGAAGUUGAGCCAACUGGAGUUGUUCCUAUGGAGCUCUCACUUGAACGUUACCGGUUUGCAGCUUUACCAACCAGGUUCAGGAGUUCUUCAGAUCCACGACUCAGACCAAGAAUGUCAAGCAAGCUAUUCCAUGGAAGCACAAUAUUGAGUAAAGACUCCCUAAAACUGCAAAGACUUAUAAAUGAAUGGUGCGGAAAAGAAUCCCAGGAAUGGAUGUUACUGUUCAAGGCAUCUACCGCUGGCUUUUCAGCUGAUGCUUUCCAUGAAAAGUGUGAUGGACACACACCAACUGUGACCAUUAUCAAGGGAAGAAAUGGAGAUAUAUGUGGUGCAUUCAGUGACCAGCCUUGGCGAAAUGAUAUUCCUUGUGGCAAAUAUAUGCCUUCUAAAAAAGCAUUUAUCUUUUCCCUGGUUAACUCAUUGAACCAUCCUCCAACAAAAUUUGAUGUGGUUAACACUAAGUAUGCAACACUGCACCAUCCAAAAUGUGGUCCGAUGUUUGGGGCUGGUGCUGAUCUCUGCAUCAGUGAUAGAUGUAAUGAGAACAUGGAAUCUUACUCUAAUCUGCCUCACUCAUACGCUGGGUCUCGGGCCUCUUCUGAUGUUCUCAUGGGGGGAUACAAUUUUUUCGUACAGGACUACGAAGUCUUUACCUUGAAAAGUGAUGAUUACCAAAUUUAGAAAUAAGGGGGAGUGUAAACCACUUCUAAUGUAAAUACUAUAAAAAGUGUACUCGAUAUAAGCUAAUAAACAUGUUCCUGUUACAUGAA